AUGUCUAGGCACUAUUAUUCAUCGCUAAGCCCGGUUGUAGAGAAAAGGAGAAGGUGCUUGCUGAUCUCGAUCGGCAGUAUCUUGACAAUGGUGACGGUGAUAGGAGUGCUGCUGCUUGUCAUUGGCGGCGGCCAUAGUAUGGCCACGCACCGCCAAUUCAGCUGGCCCCAACCGUCAGCCAGUAUACUUGGGGAAUUUUCCAAGGCUGCGAUAACGACGGAUCACAAGUUUUGCGCCGAUAUUGGAAAAGACAUCAUGGAUCGAGGCGGAAAUGCUGCCGAUGCUUCGAUCGCCGCUAAAUUUUGCCUGGGCGUGAUGAACCCACAAUCUUCCGGACUGGGCGGAGGCUUUUUGAUGACGCUUUACAACAAGAGCGAGGGUCGUUGUAUUGCCAUCGAUGCUCGAGAGACGGCCCCUGGAGCUGCACACCAAGAUAUGUUUGUCAACAACCUAAAUGGAAGCAAAUACGGCUUUAACGCUGUGGCAACUCCCGGUGAGCUGGCAGGUUAUUGGCACGUCUACAAGCAUUAUGGAAGCGGGAAGGUCGCUUGGAAGGAGUUGAUCGAGCCAUCCAUCAAGAUCUGUCGUGAUGGUGUUCCCGUCUCGGAAUACCUGGAUACUGUCAUGCAGGUCAAGGCCUAUCACUUCCGCACCUUCCCCUCCAUGAAGGCUUGGAUCAACCCAGCCACGAAUGCUACGUACAAGGCUGGCGAACUGUUACCCCGCCCCAAACUGGCUGCUACUCUACAGAAAUUGGCCGAUGCUGGCAAGGGAAAUCUACUUUUCACAAUUAUUGUUUUAGAAGACCCUGUAAAACUCUUCUAUCACGGAGAAAUGGCCGAGACGAUUGCAAAGGAAUUCAAUGACAACGGCGGCAUGAUGAACAAAGAUGAUUUGGCCAACUACAAAGUUCGUGUUUACGAGACGCCGCUCAUCAACGAUCAUUUCAGAGGCGAUCUGGUAAUGUGCGGAGGCCCACCACCCUCCUCUUUUGCCGUCACUCAAGUCAUCAUUUCCGCACUGUCAAAACUCUAUCCCCUAAAAAACUCGCCAACCGAGCUCUAUUUUGAGCCGUCGUUCUACCAUAAGUUCAUCGAAGCCAUGAAGUUUGCCUAUGCUCAGAGGACCCUCUUCGGAGAUCACGAUUUUGUGCCCGGUGCCCUUGCACACGCUGAAAAUCUGACGACAAUCGAUUUUACGCGAUGGGUCGUUGACAACAUCCGGGACACGGCUCAGCCAACCGAAAAAUACGGAGGAAUCAACCAGACCCAUCCAGCUGAUCACGGAACGUCGCAUGUCUCUGUUGUCGAUGCCGAUGGAAAUGGUGUCACUUCGACUACAACAAUCAACCGAUGGUUCGGCGCCGCCGUUGAGUCCGAGGCCUAUGGAAUCGUGUGGAACGAUGAGAUGGAUGAUUUCUCAACCCCUGGAGCAGCCAAUGGAUUCGGAUUCGCGCCUUCGGAAACCAAUUUUAUCAAGCCUGGCAAGCGCCCGAUGAGCAGCAUGAGCCCGUUGAUAAUCUACGACAACAAGACGAAGGAUUUGCGAAUGGUUGCUGGGGCUUCUGGCGGCUCAAAAAUCAUUUCCGCGCUCGCCAAAUCGGUUGCACGACCACUGCUUUUUGGUGAAACCGUCAAGGAGGCAGUCGACGCGCCAAUGCUGCACAACCAAUUCACACCGGAUAUCACGCAGCUCGACAACAUGUUCCCGCCGGAGCUGAAAACUAUCUUGGAAAAGAAGUACGGCCAAAAGUUCCGGAACACCACUGGAUUUGAGGGCAUCGUUCAGAUCAUCGACCUGCCAGUCCGCGGGAAAAUCCAGGCAGUCGGCGACUGGAGAAGGAAAACACCUCAACAACCCGCCGGGUUU